CUGUCUGGGGAGGCGGAAUUAGAGAGAGAGAGGAAAGAAGGAGGGAACACAAAAACACACACACACCCCUCUCCCUGGUUCCUGGGCUCAUCCUCACAGGCAAGGCAGCCUGCCCGGAGUUCAAAGCAGGGAGUCGGAAACAAUUGGAAUGGAGUGUGAAAUCUCCCUUGUUGGGGUUUUGGAAUUUCUGUGAGUGGUCAGUUAGGAGCGGGCUUGUCUAGUUCCACUCUGGGAACAUUGUGACCUAUCUGGCAUUUUAAAGGGAAAGACGAUGCUUUCUUUGAUGUCAGAUCCCUGAAGAACCUGGAGAUGUCCAUAAGCUCACGCCUUUGCAGAGUGUGAACCAUGGGAAAUGUAGAAAGCCAGAAUGGGGACCACAGUUUUUAUGGUAAUGACCAGGGUCACUUGUCUCGCAAGCACAUGUCCAGAUCCCUUCGGAUCUCCAGCAAGCAGGCCAGACGCUCCAGGCAUGCGUCUUCGGGAAAAGUAGAGCACAGGAAUUCUGAAACCAGUACCCGGUCAAGCAGCACCCCCAGCAUCCCACAAUCCCUUGCAGACAGUGGCCUUGAGCCCUUCAAUGAAACAAAUAUCUUAGGAGAUCUUGGUAGCCCUAUUUGGGUUGACAGUGUUGCCAUGAAUCUAAGGCCAGCUUCUUUUCACAAUGAGUCAUUAGUAGAUCCCACUGUGGAAACGGUGCUGACAGCAGCUUCUGUUCCUAGCAUGCAAGAAUCUCAGAAGAGCAGACUGUUUCAGGGGGAGGCCACUUACAUACAAAGGGUGAACGAUGGACCAAGGGGAAAUGAGAGUUUUAACUUUAAGAAAAAAAGGUCUAAAUCUGCUGAUAUGUGGCGUGAAGACAGCUUGGAAUUUUCCCUUUCGGACAUCAGUCAGGAUCACUUAACCAGCACAGAGGAGAUCAUUGACGCAUCGGAUGAAAAGGACUACAAUGACUGUGAACAGCUCCAAGCCAGCCCCCAGGGUAUGGAGUCACUGGACCCCAACAACAGGGCCAGCUCUCUGGAUGAGCUGUGCGGUCAAAAGAGCCACAGUGCGAGAGACUCUCGGAACGUGUUUGGAAAGUAUUGCCACAACAAGGGGUCGCGGGAGGCUGGCACAUGCAUAGAGGUGACUGCUGAAAAGACGCUUUUGUCUUCUGAAGAUGAUGGUACCUCAUAUGGGGCCUACACCCUCCCCUGCAGAAGGUCCCACUGCCUGUCAGAGGGCGUGGCCAUUCUGCCAGCUGCACACCCAGCCAGCAUGCAAGGCAGGAGAGCGCAGACUACACAGGAUGUUACAACAGGGGAAGGAAGUGAAUAUGCAGACAGUGGGAUUGAUGGAGUAACAGCCGGUGCAGAUCACAAGUCCAGGCGCUCCAAGGCCAUGUCGGCCUCCUUCUCCGUGUGCUCGGCGGCGGGCAGCAGCAUGUUCGCGGGGAGCGACAGUGGCAGCAGCGGGGCGGGCGAGGGCGUCCAUGGGGUGUACGAGAACUUCCGCCGGGAGCUGGAGAUGAGCUCCUCUAAGACCGAGAGCCUGGAGGAGGCCGGGUCGGCGGUGAGCGACGAGCGGAGCAGCGGCACCCUGAGCUCCCCCUGCCAGUCCGAUGCCCUGCUGAGCGCCGCGCAGGGCACCGUGCGCAAGGCCGGCGUGCUGGCGGUCAAGAACUUCCUGGUGCACAAGAAGAACAAGAAGGUGGAGCCUGCUGCUCGUCGCAAGUGGAAACACUAUUGGGUGUCCCUCAAAGGGUGCACACUGUUCUUUUAUGAGACUGAUGGCCGUUCUGUGAUUGAGUACAACAGUAUCCCAAAGCAUGCAGUGUGGGUGGAAAACAGCAUUGUACAGGCUGUUCCUGAGCACCCAAAGAAGGACUUUGUCUUCUGUCUCAGCAAUUCUCUGGGGGAUGCUUUCUUAUUUCAGACUUCCAGCCAGACGGAGCUGGAGAACUGGAUCACAGCCAUCCACUCCACCUGUGCCACUGCAGUGGCCCGGCAGCACCACCGGGAGGACACCGUCAGGCUGCUGCGGUCGGAGAUCAAAAAGCUGGAGCAGAAGAUCGACAUGGACGAGAAGAUGAAGAAGAUGGGCGAGAUGCAGUUGUCCUCGGUCACGGACACCAAGAAGAGAAAGACCAUUCUGGAGCAGAUCUUUUUGUGGGAGCAAAACCUGGAACAGUUUCAGAUGGAUCUGUUUCGGUUUCGGUGUUACCUGUCAAGCCUUCAGGGAGGGGAGCUGCCCAACCCAAAAAGGCUCCUCGCUUUCGCCAGCCGGCCCACCAAACUUGCCAUGGGACGCCUCGGUAUCUUCUCGGUCUCAUCCUUCCAUGCCUUGGUGGCAGCACGCACUGAAAGCGGGGUGAGACGCAGGACACAGGCGAUGUCUCGGUCAGCCAGCAAGCGCAAGAGCAGGUUCUCCUCUCUCUGGGGGCUGGACACUACCUCAAAGAAGAAGACAAAAGGACGACCCAGCAUCAAUCAGGUGUUUACCGAUGGUGUGGAGUCAGUGAAGACAUCCCUGGACGGCAUGUUUGAAGACGCAGCAAGCGAAAGCGUGAAGGAAAGUGAGGGGUCUUUGAAAAGCCUCCCCCAGCGCAAUGCAGACAAUGAAAUUUGGGUCCCUGACUACCUCACUCCUUCCUGGGUCUGCCUCCCCAACGACAAGCCGGUACUAACAAUAAUCCAGCCCGAGGAUUCCACACUUGACAUUCUUGAAAAGGUUUGCAAGGCUCACCAGCUGGAUCCUGCCAAACACUACAUACGGCUGAAGUUUUUAAUUGAAAACCAAGUGCAAUUUUAUAACCCCAAACUAGAGGAAGACAUCAGUGAUUUGCUGUACAAGGAAAUCGAAAUUUGUUCCAAAACUACAAACCUGGUCCAGUUUGACCGUGAUGAGUCGUCCACUGUUGGUUAUGGUUUCUCUGUUUCUGUUGUGGAGGAGGAGGGUGUGCAGAGGUUAUACAUCACACAUGUGAAGGAUGGCGGAUUAGCAUCUGCUAAAGGUCUAAAAUCAGGCGAUGAAAUUCUGCAUCUGAAUGGCAAAGAUUCCAGCAGCCUCAUCUUGCCAGACAUGAAGGCGGCUUUUUCCCAGUCUUCGCUGUCCUUGGCCACCAGUACAGUCCCUGCUGUGGAAAAGCACCAGCUCUGCUCCCGGCCCCUGCGACGCUCAGAUGGAGAGGAUGAACAGUGCACAGACAUAUUUUCUCAAAGCCAAGAAGACAUCCUUGAUGAUGGGGCAGUUCUCUGCCUGGGGAGCCCAGGAGACAGUCUUAGUCUUGAGGAUGAAACGGAGCCCUCUGGUGAAGCUGUAGAACUUAAGCGGAGUACUGAGCAGGUGGCAGCUUUCUGCCGCAGUCUUCAUGAUAUGAAUCCUUCAGAAUCCUCUCCGCAGAGCCCAGACUCCUCAGCCCCUCCACCUGCCACCCUGCGACAGCUCUCCGAUGCUGACAAAUUGCGGAAAGUCAUCUGUGAGCUGGUGGAAACCGAGAGGACCUAUGUCAAAGAUCUGAAUUGCCUUAUUGAGAGGUAUUUAACACCUUUGCAGAAGGAAAGCUUUCUGACACAGGAUGAGCUUGAUGUGCUUUUUGGGAACUUGGCCGAAAUGGUAGAAUUCCAGGUGGAAUUUCUUAAAACACUUGAAGAUGGGACAAGGCUGGUUCCUGACUUGGAAAAGCUUGAAAAAGUGGAUCAGUUUAAAAAAGUUCUCUUCUCUCUUGGAGGCUCCUUCCUGUACUAUGCAGAUCGUUUUAAGAUCUACAGUGCAUUCUGUGCCGGUCAUACAAAAGUCCCAAAGGUUCUUGUAAAAGCUAAAACAGACCCUGAAUUCAAGGCUUUCCUGGAUGCCCGGAAUCCCAAACAGCAGCACUCCUCUACGCUGGAGUCUUACUUGAUCAAGCCCAUCCAGCGUGUGCUGAAAUAUCCACUGUUGCUGAAGGAGCUGUAUUCUCUGACUGACCCAGAGAGUGAGGAACAUUAUCAUCUCGAUGUUGCAAUGAAAGCCAUGAACAAAGUUGCAAGCCACAUUAAUGAAAUGCAGAAGAUCCACGAAGAAUAUGGUACCGUUUUUGACCAGCUGAUUGCUGAACAGACUGGUGAGAAAAAAGAGGUUGCUGAUCUGUCAAUGGGUGAUCUACUGCUCCACACCACUGUCGUCUGGAUCAACCCCCCUGCUUCUUUAGGAAAAUGGAAGAAGGACCCAGAACUUGCUGCAUUUGUCUUCAAAACUGCCGUCGUGUUCGUUUACAAAGAGUGCUCCAAGCAUAAGAAAAAAAUAGGCACAUCUCACAGGGCCUCCAUCUCGGAUGAGAGAGACCCCUUCAGGUUCCGCCACAUGAUUUCCACUGACGCCCUCCAGGUCCGCGCUUUGGCAAGCACAGAUGCGGAGGGAUCCACAGUGUGUGAGGUUGUUCAUGUGAAGUCAGAAUCCGAGGGCAGACCAGAAAGAACCUUCCAUCUUUGCUGCAGUUCUCCAGAGAGCAAAAAGGAAUUUUUGAAGACGCUGCACUCAAUUCUGAGAGACAAACAGCGUAGACAGCUCCUCAAAACGGAGAGUUUGCCACCAAACCAGCAAUACGUACCUUUCGGAGGAAAACGCUUGUGUGCCCUUAAAGGAGCAAGGCCUGUAAUGAACAGAGCAGUGUCGGCUCCGACCCGGACCCUGGCGCGGCGGAAGCUCGUGAGGAACCGGUUCACUAUAGACACGGACGUGGUUUUCGACAGCAGCUCUGCCAGGGACCUCUCCCCGCAGGCACUCCCAGCCACGGACACUGACCGCUGGGUAGAGGAGCAGUUUGACCUGCACCGGUACGAGGACCAAGAGGACGUGAAGGAGACCGACAUCCUCAGUGACGACGAUGAAUACUGCGAGUCAGUCAAAGGGCCGGCAGCGGAGCAGGACUUGGAGGCCCCUGUGAAGGCACUGUCGCUCGACGGUGAUGGUGACAGCGAGGGUGAGCCAGAGGACGCUCCCCAGAAGGCUGCGGAGAGUUCUCACGCCCUAAAAAUGGCCCAGCUCAAGAAACAGUGUGCCGUGUCUGGACUAAACGGGACCAUUGAAAGUGGUGGUGAGGAGGUGAUUUGGGUGCGUAGGGAAGACUUUGUGGCCAGUGGAAAUGGUGAAAUUUGAACUAUGACCUUUCUGAGCAACUUGUGGCACCUACCUCACAAAGCUUUAAAUGGUUCUUUUUAAAAAAGCCUGAUCCAUCCCAUCUCCCCCUUCAACCUCACCCAAACUCCAACACUGGUUUCCAGACUCAUAAGUCACCCACUGCCCAUGUAUUUAAACCCAUUUAAAGCUAUUGUGAGCAGGAUACUUACUGUACAAUCAUAUCUGCUAAUUGUGUAUUUUGGAUGGGCAAGGUUUGCACAUGGACUUGGGCAGCUACAUCACAUGGACUGCGUUUUGUUGCCAAAUUUAUAUUUUCAGAUGAGGAAUCUGGGUAUUUUGGGGGAAAAAAGAGGCUUGCAGAAGAUGUAUUAUACUAAGGGCUUUGUUAUUUAUUCUGUUUAUCAGAGGGUUCUGAGUAACUUAUGAUGUAAAAUAUUUUCAGUUGCAUAUCUGGCAAAAUUACUGUACUUGUACAUUCAUUGUAUGACUGCUGCGCACAGAGUUUUAGAGCACAAUAAACUACUCAUUUUGCUUAACAUCCUUCAGAUCACACCAGGAGAAAGUUUUUACAUAUCUGGCUCUGUUUUCAUUUAAGAAUGAGAUUAAAUAUUUAAGCUUCUGCACAUUGUUCCUUGAGGCAGCCUGAGUGUUGUGUUGAAGUGCAGUUUACAAAUGGCAUCACACACUCCAGUAUUAAUGAGCCCUGUUAACUGAAGAUAAGGGAUUUUUUUAAAAAUGAAUCCUGUUUUACUUGAAGUUUUAUAUAAUGAAUUUAUAUUUUCAUGUGACCCCUACAACGACAUUGAAAACAGAACAAAAGAGGGUAUCAAUGCAGUGCUGUGUUUUAAAGCUUUUCUAUUAAUUCACAGUAAUGAACGCAAGUUUUUCCUCAGAUCUUUUGCAAGCAGUACUUAGAUUCUACAUACAAAUCAUUGCUUACCCUCAGAUAUAAAAGUUACACUUGCUGUCACCAACUGCUGUACAUUUUUGAAAAUCAUGAUCCAGAGUAACAUACACAAAGCACAACGAAUCUCUAAGGCUGUGUUAAUAUGUAUGAUGAAGCCUUUAAUUACUUUGAAAAACUUAAUUAACUUAAACUUAAAAUAAAACCUUGGAAUGUUCCAGGUUUUUUAUUGAAUAGCUGACUCCCUGCAAUAUAUAUUAAUACAAGAAAAGUUUUAGUGAUUAUCUGAGGUAGUCUUGUAGGUGGACAAUAUAGAAAUCUCUUAUAAACCCCAUUAUGCCAAGAACGGAUUGUUCUAAAGCUACUAAUUUGGUUGUGUGAUGACAUUUUGUAAAAUUUUCUUAACGCUGACAUCAACAAAUUCCUCCUGUGAUGUGUAUGUAUAUGUUGGUUAUUUUAGAGGUGCUGGUGACUUUUUUACAUUCUUAAAGCUGCUACUCCUGCAUCUGUGAGUUCUUUAAUAUCUUUAUUUUUGUAUUUGCAAUGUUUUUUUGCUUAAUCACCUUAGGUAACGUGUACAUAGCAGCUCUUGUUUAAGAAUGAACAGUACAAUAUAGAUAACCUAUAUUCCAUAGCACAUGGGUAUUUUUUUCUACUCAGGUGUUGUUCGAUAGUAACCUGCUGAUGCAUGCUGCCAUUUCUUUCUGUACAUACAAGUAAUGUCACUUCUGUAAGACAAGCUAAGGGGUUCUUAAUAUAUUUCUUUUUUUUAUAAGCUAAAAAGUCUAUUUUUUAUGUUUUUAGGAGUACUGUUCUGAAAAGAUGUAAAUGCCUGUCAAAAAAAAAAACUAAAUAAAGACAAGGUAAUAUCCUGGU